CAGACGAUAUGCUGUCAGAUGAGCGCAGUUAUCUGGAAGACGCGGGGCUUGUGCUGAACUCUCCGUAUGUGGCUGCUCUUCGGCCUGAGAGGAAUGUGAAACUCAUCCUGUCCUUUGAUUUCAGUGCCGGGGAUCCAUUCAUGACUGUGGUUCAGGCUGCUGAACACUGCAAGCACACGGGCAUUCCCUUCCCCCCAGUGGAAGUUCCAGACGAAGACAGGAAACAUCCGAAGGACUUCUAUGUGUUCAAGAGUGAAAACACUCCCACUGUCAUCCACAUUCCACUCUUCAACAUGGUCAACUGCAAAGGAGAUGUCGAUAAGUGGAGGGAGACGUAUCCAACAUUCAGGCCAGCCUACGACAGAGAAACGAUGGAGGAAUUAAUACGGGUGUCGGGCCUGAAUGUGAUAAACAACAAGGAAAAAAUCUUUAAAGAAAUUGCAGCUUUGUGCAAGUGAAAAUCCAUCUAACAGGCCUCAGACAGGGAGGUACCCUAAUUUAAAAAUAAAGUUAAUAAAGUGAGAUCAAACUAAUUCAGAAUAUACAGCACCACCAUCUUUUGAUUCCACUCACUGUUUGUAAAAAAACAGCUAGCUGAGUAUCAGUGUUUAGCUGUUUAGCGAGUCAUCCCUCAUUCUCACAGGUGGUUUUUAGUCUUCUUGUCUUCCAAAUCCAAGUAGUCUUUACACUUCCUUCCCUGUCAGGUUGAUCCAUGAGUACAGAUGGAACACAGUGACAAAUUAAAUCGAUAGUCUGAAGAGAUUAUUUUUAAGUAUCUAAUAGCUUAAUUAAAGAUGGCAUCCUGCUGGCAAUCUAUUCUUUCUUUCUUAGCACUGGUGUCACUGUGUUUUAUUUAUAUUUACAACACAGUUUUUUCUUCAGAAUAUCAAGCAUUUGCAAGCAAGAACCUGAACAGUUGAAGUUCUUCACAAUCUUAAGUGAAAGUCUGGACCUAUGCUUUGCCCCUGAAACAUGUACCUGAAUUUCUUUCCUUGGGUGUGUUUAUUCAUUUGUGCGAUCCAUAGUCCUUGUUAGGGAAGAUUCUUUUCUACUGCUGUAUCUGACUUUGGAUUGUUACAUCUGACUGGAAGUGACUGCAUUUCCCUGUAAUCUUUCACAUUUGAUACUCAAUUAAUUGUAAUGGUCUGUGCAAGUCUAGCCUGGUAACUUCACAGAAGCACUCAUCAAGCGCUUGUGAGAUUUAAUCUGG